AUAAACAAAAAAUCUACAGAUCAUUAUUUUGAUAACGAUCGUGAUGAUUUAUCAAUAGUUUCAUGCCAAACAGAAACUUCUAACUCGAAAUUAUCUACCAAUCAAAUAUCAAGCCCCUUUCAAAUAGCCUCACUUAUUGGACCUGAUAAGAGUAACGCAAUACCUAGCAUUGAUACUUUAAUAGAGAGGAAUGCUAUAGAAAAUUGGCGAGGUCUUAUUAAUAAAUCGCGGGGUAGGAGCUAUAUGGAUCCCAAUAUCGAUUGGCAUUAUAUUAGCAGUGAUGCAAAAGAAGACCACUAUCCAAUUCGCCUUCUCAAAAAUGGGAAUUUAUGUGGAUCGGUAAGUUAUGAAGGAAAAAAAUACAUGACGACGAAUACAUGUGCUAUAGACGCCUUUAUUCAACUACUAACAUCAGCCAAUAUAGAUAGCCCUGCUUACAAAAACUAUAUGGCUCUAACAUCCCCUUCUUUAACAAAUAUAGGGGAAAGUUUAACUCGUAAACAUAUUUUAAAUGCAUAUAAACAACGCAUUAACAUUUUAAACAAAUUAUUUAAGGCAAAUAUUUUACCAAAUAAUGUUUACCAUAUUGCUGCUGAAUCUAAUAUAUAUGUACUUAUUAACAAAAUAAUAGCAAUAGGUAUGUUUGAACACACGACGGAAGAAAGUGUCGUGUGUUCUAAGGAGUCAUUUAUUUACACCCUUAGAGGUGUAAUAGCUUAUGAAGGCAAUGAGCAAAACGAUCCAAAUAUUUUAGGUCAUUAUAUCGCUUAUUGCCUACGUCGCAAUAAUGUAUGGGAGAUUUUAUAA